CAUAAGCAAAAGUGAGACUGCAGAAUCUCAGCCAACGACAGAGGAUGCCCCUGGAAUGAACCUAGUAACAGCGCAAAAUAUAUUUUGGAUCAAGAUGAAAAUAAUAGUAACAGUAGUUAUAUUACUCAUAUUACAUCUAUCAAACUGCUUUGCACAGUCAGGAGGAAGCUUUCUAAUAUAUAAUGUGGAUUAUAACAAAUGCAUGUCCAGCUCCCUGGACAAGCUUUCCACCUGUGACCCACACAGUAAUCCACAACAGUUUCGCUGGGCUUCAAAAAAUCACAUUUUGAACACAUUCACAAAGAAAUGCCUUGGAGUAGGAAGUAAAACAGAGGGCAAAAAACUGCAGUGGCUGAUUUGUAAAGAUGACAAUGAUCUGCAGAAGUGGGAAUGCCACAGUGAUACAUUGCUUGGCCUGAAGAACGAGUCUCUGUAUCUGGCUGUUAAUGAUAACGGUGUGCCAGUGAUCUCAAAAGACACUGGAACGAAGAGCAGAUGGACAAUUCAAGGAACACUAAACAAUAUUUGCUCUAAGACUUAUGAAGAAUUGUAUACCAUUGAUGGAAAUGCAUUUGGUCGCCCAUGUCAGUUUCCUUUUCUUUAUGAGAAAAAAUGGUAUGCAGAUUGUACCAAAACUGAUGAACACAAUCAACGUCUAUGGUGUUCUGUUGAGACAGACUACAGUGUUAAUCAGCUGUGGGGCUACUGCCCAACACGUGACAAUGCAUUCUGGGUCAAACAUCCUCUGACAAACGUCUAUUACCAAGUGAAUAGUGGGUCAGCCCUGACAUGGUACCAGGCUAGAAAGAGCUGCCAGCAGCAAGGAGCAGAGCUGCUGAGUGUCUCUGAACCUAACGAACACACCUUUGUAGCAGGAAUUGUUCAGAGUACUCCAAAUGCACUAUGGACGGGACUGAAUAAAUUAGAUGUAACCAGUGGAUGGCAAUGGAGCAAUGCCCAGCCAUUACGUUAUCUGAAAUGGCUCAGUGGAUACCCAACCACACAACCAGGCUACAGUUGUGGAGUCCUGAAAAAUGAUUUUGGUUCUGAAUGGUCAAAUGAACCUUGUUCUGAAAAACAUGGAUAUGUCUGCCAAAGAGGCCAUUCUGUUCCUAUUGUUCCACCAGUGGUGAACACUGGCUUUUGCCAUAGCCCCUGGAUUCCAUAUUCAAGCAACUGUUAUCUCCUUCAUCGCACCAAGAAAACAUGGCUGGAGGCACGAGACUCCUGUCUGCGGGAAGGAGGAGACCUGCUGAGUAUUCUCAGCAAAGAAGAGCAAAGCUUUGUCAUCACACAGCUUGGAUACUCGAAAACAGACGAGCUUUGGAUUGGUUUCAAUGACCGUAAAACACAGAUGCUGUUUGAGUGGAGUGACCAAUCUAGCGUUCCCUUUGCCUCAUGGGAGGUGAGUGAGCCGAGUCACAGUGCUGUCCGUGCAGAGGACUGCGUGUUAAUGAGUGGAGAGGAGGGAAAGUGGGCUGAUGAUAUUUGUGAAAAUAAGUAUGGAUUCAUCUGUAAGAAGAAGUCCAGCUCCAGAGCCUCGAAUAAUGAUACAGUUGUCACAAGCCCCGGAUGCAAAACAGGUUGGACCAGGUAUGGGUACUACUGCUACAUGGCAGGACCUGAGUCCAAGACCUUUGAAGAAGCAAAACAGAUGUGUGAGAAAGAUGAUUCUCAACUGGUUGAUAUUUCAUCCAGAGUAGAAAAUGCAUUCCUCGUUAGUGUAGUUGGAGCACGACCAGAGAAGUAUUUCUGGAUUGGGUUGUCUAAUCAGAAGGAUCUGCACACUUUUGAAUGGACCAACACUAAGAAAGUCUCAUUUACUAAUUUCAACGCUGGGAUGCCAGGAAGAAAACAAGGCUGUGUUGCCAUGACGACUGGAAUUGUUGCUGGGCUUUGGGAUGUGAUCAGCUGCUCAAAUAAGGCAAAAUACAUCUGCAAGCAGAAAGCUGAUGGACUAAUAACAACUCCAGCCCCACCAACCACACCUGCUAUAAGCUGUCCCGAAGAAUGGAUGCCACUUGUGUAUAGAGAUUUUUGUGUCAAGCAUUUUAAUGUACCUAUGAGCCAAAUGAAGACUUGGGAUGAAGCUCUUGACUUCUGCCAAGAGCUUGGUGGUGAUCUCCUGAGCAUCCAGCAUGAGGCUGAUAUUCCUUGGAAACAAGCAGGAGUGUAUCCAGCAUGGAUUGGUUACAGAAUGUACGAUCCCUCUGUGGGUUUUGUGUGGAGUGAUGGUUCUUCGUCAUCCUAUCAAAGCUGGGCUAGUGAUGAACCAAACAAUCUGAACAACAUUGAAAACUGUGUUGAAAUGAGAAUUUCAAUCUGGGACAGUGAUGGAACGUGGAAUGAUGUGAACUGUCAAGACAGAAAGGACUGGUAUUGUCAAAUCCGAAAAGGAAAGAUACCAAAGGAAGUAAAUAUUACAGGUCCAGUUUAUAAUGAAACAGAGGAUGGCUGGAUACUAUUCCGAGGUAGCCAGUACUAUGUGUCCCAGUACUCAUCACUUUCUAUGCACGAUGCUCGGACAUUCUGUAGGAAAUCACAUAGCGAUCUUGUGGUUAUCAAUGAUGAGGCUGAGCGGGUGUUCAUUUGGCAUCAGGCUAAGAAUUCGCACAAUGAAUUUAUCAUUGGUUUGACAGUUGAUCUGGAUGGAACUUACCAGUGGAUGGAUGGGUCCCCUGUAGUAUUUCAAGCUUGGGAAGAAAAUCAGCCUGCUUUUAAAAACAGUGAGGAAAGAUGUGUGAAGAUGACCACAUCUCAAGGACUCUGGGAAACUAUUAACUGUGGAGAUGAAUAUAAUUUUUUUUGUAAGCGAAGUGGGUCACCUACAGUAAACACCACAGUGGCCCCUACACAACAGCCUAAAGGAGGCUGUGCUCCUGAGUGGAAACACUUCAAAGGAAAAUGCUACAACGUGAAGGAAGAAUUGAAAACAUGGACAGAAGCGAGAGGAUACUGCAGAGAGCUUGGUGGAGAUCUGGCAUCUAUUCUGAAUAAACAACAACAAGCCUUUGUAAGCACAAUAAUUAGAGAGAAAACCACAGACUUAUGGAUUGGAUUCAGCAAUUUGGCAAACGGGAGGUUCAAGUGGACAGAUGGGAGUAAAGUUCAAUUCACCGAGUGGGCCAAUGGAAAAAUUCAACCCCAUCCCUAUGUAUGGACAUUUAUAAGUUGGCAUUCAUACCAUUGGACAAAAUAUCACCAUUCAGAUGAACAGGAAUGUGUUUUUAUGGGCAAGAGUUCAAGCUCUGAAUUUGGCAAGUGGGUGGCAACUGACUGUAAUUCUACUUACGGUUUUAUCUGCAGUCGUGAUGUUGAUCCUGGUAUUGCCCCAGUGCCGACUGAAAUUCCUAAAACCUUUGUCAAGCUUGGAAAUUCAUCUUUCAAAGUGAUUCAAGAGAACCUAACGUGGAGUGAUGCAAACCGUCGCUGUGAGGCAGAGGGGGCUCAUCUGGCCAGCAUUCGGGAUUUGAUAAAACAAGCUUACCUCGAGUUGCAGGUCUAUAGGGCCAAACAGCCCAUGUGGAUCGGUCUCAGCAGUGUACAGACAAAAGGAUAUUUUAUAUGGGCAAAUAACUGGCCCAUGAAUAUGGAGAAAUGGGCAUCUUCUGAACCACGGCCCAACCGUCCUUGUGCAUACAUGGACACAGACGGAGGAUGGAAAACAACUCUCUGCAAUCAAACCUACUACAGUGUCUGUGAGCAAACAACAGAUAUUCUCCCGACUGUUCCACCACAGCAUCCUGGGCACUGCCCACAAGAAGAUGAUGACAGUCCAGUAAGGUGGAUACCUUACAAAGACAGUUGCUAUGCUUUUGUGAUGGAACUGAAAUCGUGGAGCAGAGCAUCUAGACUCUGUAUGACAUGGGGAGCAUCUCUUGUCAGCAUUAGGGAUGAAGAGGAACAGAAGUUUAUAGAGAACAACGUCAUGCUCAUGGACAGUUUCAAAAGCUUUUGGAUUGGACUUUUCCAGAACCAGAAAGGACACUGGUUAUGGUCAGACAAUACUGUGGUGGAUUACACUAACUGGGCAACUGUGAAUGAUUAUGAUGAAGACCAUGGAUUUCAUAAUUGGAAUUUUGACUGCGCAUUACUCUCUUCCAAAACAAAAAAAUGGAGACAACAACAUUGUGAUUACCUUACCUUAUCAUUUAUCUGCAAAACUGCCAAAGUUAUAAGUACAACCACUAAGUCCCCAGAAGAAGGUCCUGAGCCUCACAAGGUCAAUAAGGGUUUGGCUGUGUUCUUCACUAUUGCAGUGGUCAGCAUAUUGGGAGCUCUAGCUUUCAUGUACUACAGAAGUUCAAAAAGACAGUUAUUGCCUACAUUUGAAAAUCCCAUGUAUAAUAACAGAGAUGCUGCUUAUUCAGAUAGUAAAGAUGAUAAAACAUUGAUUGCCAACAUUGAGAUCGCUGAAUAGAACCCUGUUUUAUAAUGUCCCAUUACUUGUAGGCUAUGCAAGAGACGGUUAGCCAAUUAUUAUCAUGAAAUAGAAAAAAAAUAAAUAAACAAUGACAGGGCUCAUCAGA